GCCCGAGAGCCGAGACGCUGUCACUGCCAUGAAAGAAAUCGGCGCACAGAAGCAGGGUUCACUUCGGAACUGCGCGGAUAGGUGGACGCUAAACAUGUCAGGAUAAUUACACCGGGAGGCCGAGACGAGAAACACCAGCGUCUCCACAGCUGCUGCACCCCAUGUAAAAGUCAGAAAAUAAAAUGAAGAUUCUUCAGGGCGAGACCCAGCACUGGCUGAUUCCAGCGUUCCUGGCUGCUGCUUAUUUCUGCAGCGUCGUCUGGGGUCAAGUGUCCGCCCCUACGAGGCUGAGGUAUAAUGUGCUGUCUGAGGAUAGCGUCCAGAUCUCCUGGAAAGCUCCCCGGGGCAAGUUCGGUGGAUACAAACUUCUGGUGACUCCGGCUUCAGGAGGAAAAACCAAUCAACUGAAUCUCCAAAACACAGCAACUAAAGCAAUUAUUCAAGGUCUAAUGCCGGAGCAGAACUACUCGGUUCAAAUUAUCGCAUACCACAAAGACAAGGAGAGUAAGCCGGCGCAGGGCCGGUUCCGAAUUAAAGAUUUAGAAAAAAAGAAGGAUCCGACGAAGCCCAGAGGCAAGGCGGUGGAAAAAGGCAAUGACACUAACCCAGCUUGGCCAGAAGAGGCCAAGUUCGUGUGCCCGAGCCCGGCCGUCGCCGACAUCGUCAUCCUGGUGGAUGGGUCCUGGAGCAUCGGGAGGUUCAACUUCAGGCUGGUUCGGCUCUUCCUGGAAAGCCUGGUCACAGCCUUCAACGUGGGCUCGCAGAAGACGCGGGUUGGUCUUGCUCAGUACAGUGGUGACCCCAGGAUAGAGUGGCACUUGAACGCCUUCAGCACGAAAGAUGAAGUCAUCGACGCUGUGCGAAAUCUUCCAUACAAAGGGGGAAACACGCUGACCGGCCUUGCUCUGAACUACAUUUUUGAAAACAGCUUUAAACCAGAAGCAGGAUCAAGGACUGGGGUUGCCAAAAUCGGCAUUUUGAUCACAGACGGGAAAUCCCAGGAUGACAUCGUCCCGCCCUCGAGGAGGCUUCGGGAGUCGGGAGUGGAGCUGUUCGCCGUAGGGGUGAAGAACGCGGACCUGAAGGAGCUGCAGGAGAUCGCGUCGGAGCCCAACAGCACCCACGUGUACAAUGUGGCCGAGUUCGACCUGAUGCACACGGUGGUGGAGAGCCUGACCCGGACGGUGUGCUCUGGUGUGGAGGAGCAGGACCGGGAAAUCAGAGCUUCAGCCCUUGCCACCACGGGGCCUCCGACAGAGCUGAUCACAUCUGAAGUCACCGCCGGGAGCUUCAUGGUUAACUGGACGCAUGCUCCAGGCCACGUGCAGAAAUACAGGGUUGUGUAUUACCCUACUCGAGGGGGGAAACCGGAAGAGGUGGUGGUGGACAGAAGCGAGUCUUCCCUGGUGUUGAAAAACCUGAUGUCUCUAACUGAGUACCAGGUAGCGGUCUAUGCCGUCUACGCCCACACUGCCAGCGAGGGCCUGCGGGGAACAGAGACGACGCUUGCUUUGCCCGUGGCUUCCGACCUCGAGCUGUACGGUGUGACCGAGAACAGCCUUCGUGUCAAGUGGGACCCGGUGCCGGGGGCCACGGGGUACCUGCUCCUGUACGCGCCUCUCUCGGAGGGGCUGGCUGGGGCGGAGAAGGAGAUGAAGAUCGGCGAGACUCACACGGACAUCGAGUUGACCGGGUUGGUCCCCAACACGGAAUACACCGUCACGGUGUACGCGAUGUUUGGGGAGGAGGCCAGCGACCCUGUCACGGGACAGGAGACGACACUGCCUUUAACUCCACCGGGCAACUUGCGAAUCUCCAAUGUCGGCUCCAACAGCGCUCGAUUGUCCUGGGACCCAAGCUCCAGAAAGAUCAGCGGUUACCGAAUUGUGUACACCAGCGCAGAUGGCACAGAGAUCAACGAGGUUGAGGUGGACCCCAUCACCACGUUCCCUCUGAAGGGCCUGAGCCCGCUCACCGAGUACUCCGUUGCCAUCUUCUCCAUCUAUGAGGAAGGGCAGUCUUUGCCUCUGGUCGGAACAUUUACCACAGAGGAAGUCCCUGCCCAGCAGUACUUGGAAAUCGACGAGGUGAAGACGGACGGCUUCAGAGUGACCUGGCACCCGCUCUCGGCCGAGGAGGGGCAGCACAAGCUGAUGUGGAUUCCGGUCUACGGGGGGAAGACGCAGGAGGUGGUCCUGAGGGAGGAGCAGGAUUCCUAUGUCAUUGGGGGCCUGGAUCCCGGCACUGAGUAUGAAGUUUCGCUCCUGGCUGUGCUGGAUGACGGCAGUGAGAGCGAGGUGGUGACAGCCGUGGGGACCACACUUGACAGUUUUUGGACAGAACCAGCCACAACCGUGGUACCAACCACACCCGUAACAUCAGUUUUCCAGACGGGAAUCAGAAACUUGGUUGUAGAUGAUGAAACUCCCUCCAGCCUGCGGGUGUCGUGGGACAUUUCCAACAGCAGCGUGGAGCGGUUUAGGGUGACCUACGUGACAGCUCAAGGGGACCCUGCAGAGGAAGUGGUUAUGGUGCCUGGAAGCCAGAACAGCGUUCUGCUGAAGCCCCUUCUCGCAGCUACAGAAUACAAAGUCACCGUGACACCCAUCUACUCGGACGGAGAAGGUGUCAGCGUCUCCGCCCCUGGGAGAACCGCGCCACCCUCUGGUCCCCAAAACUUACGGGUCUCGGAAGAGUGGUACAACCGGCUUCGCAUCACGUGGGACCCCCCGCCCGGCCCCAUAAAGGGCUACAGAAUCGUCUACAGACCUGUUGGUGUUCCUGGCCCAACUCUGGAAACGUUCGUGGGAGCAGACAUUCGCACCGUCCUCAUCACCAACCUCCUCAGCGGGAUGGACUACAGUGUGAAGAUCUUCGCCUCCCAAGCCGAAGGCUUCAGCGACGCCCUGACCGGCCUGGUGAAAACGCUGUUCUUGGGUGUGACCGAGCUCCAAGCACACCAGGUAGAAAUGACCAGCUUGUGCGCCCGGUGGCAAGUGCAACGCCAUGCCACAGCCUACAGGAUCGUCAUAGAAUCCGUCCAGGAUACACAAAAGCAAGAAUCCACCGUGGGAGGAGGGACAAACAGACACUGCUUCUACGGACUUCAGCCUGAUUCCGAGUAUAAAAUCAGCGUUUACACCAAGCUCCAGGAGCUAGAGGGGCCGAGUGUGAGCAUAAUUGAGAGAACACGGUCCCACCCUACUCAGCCGCCGACUCUCCCUCCCACCAUCCCACCCGCCCGAGAAGUGUGUAAAGCCGCCAAGGCAGACUUGGUGUUCAUGGUGGACGGGUCCUGGAGUAUCGGAGAUGACAAUUUCAACAAGAUCAUCAACUUCCUGUACAGCACCGUGGGAGCCCUGGACAAGAUCGGCACCGACGGAACGCAAGUGGCGAUGGUUCAGUUUACUGAUGACCCCAGGACAGAAUUUAAACUCAAUGCUUAUAAAUCCAAAGAGACGCUUCUCGACGCCAUCAAACACAUUUCCUACAAAGGGGGAAACACAAAAACAGGAAAAGCAAUGAAACACGUCAGGGACACCUUGUUCACCCCCGAGGCGGGGACGCGAAGAGGCAUCCCCAAGGUCAUCGUGGUGAUAACCGACGGGCGGUCGCAGGACGAGGUGAACAGAGUCUGCAGGGAGAUGCAGGCGGAUGGCUACAGCAUUUUUGCAGUUGGUGUGGCUGACGCGGAUUAUUCGGAGUUGGUCAGCAUUGGCAGCAAGCCCAGUGCCCGCCACGUUUUCUUUGUGGAUGACUUUGACGCCUUUAAGAAAAUUGAAGACGAAUUGAUUACUUUCGUCUGUGAAGCUGCCUCUGCAACCUGUCCAAUGGUGCACAAGGAUGGCAUUGAUGUUGCAGGAUUUAAGAUGAUGGAAAUGUUUGGUUUGGUUGAAAAGGAUUUUUCAUCGGUGGAAGGGGUUUCUAUGGAGCCCGGUACCUUCAACGUGUACCCGUGUUACCAGCUGCACGAAGAUGCCCUGGUCUCCCAGCCAACCAGGUAUUUACACCCAGAAGGAUUGCCUACUGACUACACAAUCAGCUUUCUCUUCCGGAUUCUUCCUGACACGCCCCAGGAACCCUUUGCCCUUUGGGAAAUUUUGAAUAAAAACUCGGACCCAUUGGUGGGGGUCAUUUUAGACAAUGGUGGGAAGACUCUAACAUAUUUCAACUAUGACCACACCGGUGAUUUUCAAACUGUCACUUUUGAAGGACCAGAAAUCAGGAAGAUUUUCUACGGGAGCUUUCACAAGCUGCACGUGGUCGUCAACAAGACCUUGGUCAGAGUGGUUGUUGACUGCAAACAGAUGGGCGAGAAGGCGAUAAAUGUGUCGGCCAAUGUCACGUCAGACGGAGUCGAAGUCCUGGGGAGAAUGGUUCGGUCGAGAGGACCGAAUGGAAAUUCCGCACCAUUCCAGUUGCAGAUGUUUGACAUCCUUUGCUCCACAUCCUGGGCCAACAGAGACACAUGCUGCGAGCUUCCAGGCCUGAGGGAUGACCAGUCCUGCCCUGAUCUCCCCAAUUCCUGCGCCUGUUCAGAAGCCAACGAAGUGGCCCUGGGACCGGCAGGCCCACCGGGUGGUCCAGGACUCCGGGGACCGAAGGGCCAGCAAGGUGAACAGGGCCCAAAGGGACCAGAGGGCCCUCGGGGUGAAUUAGGCCCUACAGGACCACAGGGGCCCCCAGGCCCCCAAGGACCGAGUGGCCUGUCCAUUCAGGGAAUGCCGGGAAUGCCAGGCGAGAAGGGAGAGAAAGGGGACACCGGCCUUCCGGGGACACAGGGAGUCCCAGGAGGUGUGGGCUCACCAGGACGCGACGGUUCCCCCGGCCAGCGGGGGUUUCCCGGAAAGGACGGCUCCUCUGGCCCACCAGGACCCCCAGGGCCAAUUGGCAUCCCCGGAGCCCCCGGAGUCCCCGGGGUCACAGGCAGCGUGGGACCGCAGGGCGCCCUGGGCCCUCCCGGCGUCCCUGGAGCCAAGGGAGAGAGAGGCGAACGAGGCGACCUGCAGUCUCAAGCCAUGGUGAGGGCAGUGGCACGGCAAGUGUGUGAGCAGCUCAUCCAGAAUCACAUGGCCAGGUACGCCGCUGUCCUCAACCAGAUCCCCAGCCACUCUUCGUCCACGCGGACUGUCCAGGGGCCUCCUGGGGAGCCCGGACGGCCUGGCUCUCCUGGAACCCCCGGAGAACAAGGGCCCCCCGGUGCCCCAGGCUUUCCAGGAAACGCAGGCUUGCCGGGGACCCCAGGAGAACGAGGUCUAACUGGUCUCAAGGGAGAGAAAGGAAACCCAGGCAUCGGAACUCAAGGUCCAAGAGGGCCCCCAGGACCAACAGGACCUUCAGGGGAGAGUCGGCCUGGCAGCCCUGGGCCCCCCGGCUCUCCCGGACCACGGGGUCCCCCGGGCCACCUGGGGGUGCCAGGUCCGCAAGGUCCUUCCGGCCAGCCUGGAUAUUGCGACCCCUCCUCGUGUUCUGCCUAUGGUGUGGGAGCCCCCCAUCCAGAUCAACCUGAAUUCACCCCUGUCCAAGAUGAGGAAGAAGCCUUGGAACUGUGGGGCUCCGGGAUCUGACAGCCUCAGAGGAUACUGAAAGACCAGCGGCAAGACCUCCUAAGGAAUUUUACCCAAGAAAAUAUUGUCACAGGGUUUGUAUGCUGGGGAGCUCAUGUCUGCAGCCUAAAUCUCCUCCUCGGAUAAUGUUAGCAUUACUGUUAUUAUUAUCAAAAUUAUAUUUUUAAAAAUCCCUUUGAUCCAUGACAUUCCUUGCUGUUUUGUCCAGAGAAGAUUGCCCAAAGGGCGACUUGGAAAAAUAAAUUGAACCCUGGAGUCUUAUGUGAUAGAGGACCUCUAGUCCUGAAAUGAACAGGAGAGAUAUGACAAUGUUGGAGGAAAAUGGGCCCCUGCAGGAAAAGAGCGAAUUCAAAGAGAGUCACAGAUCAUACCACUCCCCAACCCCACGGGAACCCUAAGAAACAGGGCUCAUCAUCGCUGACACUACCUCUUGCUUGAUUGAGCUGUCUGGAUCUUCGAUCACGUAGUGACUGGUUUCACGGGUAUCUAAAAGGAAGCUCCCAAAUGUAAUCUUUCUGGAUUUGAUAAUUUAAAACAUAGACUUGGCUUCCCAGUGGGUUUGACUCCUGUAAAGUAACGACUUUGCACCAGCUCUGCUUCACCCAGCAGUAUGUCCCAGGGCUUGUCACUCCUCAUCCACAGGGAUUACUUUGUACAUGUAGAAGAGUUUUGGAGAACAUGGUUUUAUUUUCUUUUGUAA